AAUUUUUCGCGUGGUUCGCGUAUCAGUUGAAGACAAAUAUUUCAAAGAUUAAGUUAUACGUUUGGUUUGAUAGUUUCGAUUUCGUGUUGUGGUAGGAGUAAUCGUCAAAAAUUCUUUCCAAUUUUAAACGAAUUGCAUUUCAAUUAUCUCACGAAGUUUCGCAAUUUUUAUGCUGAAGCGGAAGUCUAGUCUGUCAAUCGAUGAGAAUUAAUAACAGAAUGGACCAAUAAGCUGAAAUCUCCAAAGAAAUUGAAAAUUUGGAAGAAAUCCGAUCCGAUGGAAAUUUCACCCGACAUAGAAGUUUACCCAGACCAUGCCCCGAAAACCGAAUACUGCCAAUAUGGCAGAAAAGAUGGCACCAUAUGCUCCGAAGGCAUAUUCCUACAAGAAGGUCCCGAUUUCACUUAUUUAAACAACGGAUCAAUUUUAUACCACAAGAAACUCUUUCCAAAAGAAAUGUACACCACAGAAACAGGACUCGAUCAUACAAUUUUCCUUUGUGGAGAAUCCACUCUCGCUUUCGACAUCCGAAGAAUAAAUCACGAAGUCAUACUGUCCUGUAUCUCGAUAAUUUUCUUACUCGUAUACUUAUUCAACGAUUUAAAUCAAGAGAAUUGGAAACGAUUCCAAAACAAAGUCUUGUAUUCUUACUCGAUUACUUUGAUAAUGCUAUACAUAUCGUUCAUUGGUAGUAUUUUAACUACUGUGUGCAUUUUAUGGUAUAUACGUAAAAUAUUGAGAAUCUGUUAUUGUCUAUGGGCUGUGUUGAUGUCGUUCGAAUUUUGGAGAGUUACGUAUUUUACAUUAAAGCAUCGAAAAAUAUCGUCACGUGGACAAAACAAAAGGUACUGGGUAUAUUGCUUCUUAGGCUACAUAUUACCGUUAAUUUUUGCAAUAGGGUAUUACCUCAGUAAACGUAAGCAAAUGAACGAAUGCCCUCGUGUAAAAGGUUUCAUUAGGGAACCCUGUCCUCAUCUUUUGACAGGACGUGUAAAUGUGUACGUGAUUUGGCAAGUGAUUAGAUUCAUUACUUUCACAGUUCUUUUAUUUGUAUUGAUCAUACAAGUCGGCGUGUUUAUUUAUUUUGAUAAAAAUAGUCGUAUUAAAUCUACUCACAGUGUGAAUAGGAAUUACCUGUUGGUGUUGAUCAAAAUGGCCUACAUGAUGGGUAUUUACUGGAUGAUAUUCGUUUACUUUAUUAUAAUAGUUCCUGAUAGCUUUCGUUGGCAUGAUUCUUUAAGAAGCAUUAUAGAUGCGGUGUUUUUAUACUCGCAUGGAGUGUUUAUGUACUUUGCAUUUGGUAUUAAAAAAGAAACGUUGGAUUGGCUGCGAGAUAAAUACAGAAAUUUUACUGAGUGUUUUCGAAACAAGUCGACGCAGAAUGGUGAUUUGUCUAGAGUUCGAAAUGAAAGCACAGGAGAUGAGUUGUGAAGGAACUAUUGCUUGAGACUUAGAUGGUAAAUAUUCCUGACUUUUGUUCAAAUAGGUAGGUAAGAGUAAAUUUAAUGAAAAAGCCAUAUGGGUAAAUUUUUUUUAGUAUUUUGUGAUUUUUAUUUCUUAAGUUUGUUUUUAUUGAUUAAAUAAUUUUUAUGAGUAUUACCGAGUACCUACCUCCCAUUUGUGUAAUUUUUGACGUAAUAUUGUUGAUUCCUUGCAUUUGAGAAUAAAUAGGCUAAAACGUUG